UAAGAGCUCAUCAUCAGGAGAGCGAGGAGCUGUGGACUGCACUGUGACACUGGAAUCUUGUACUGAACUAACCGGAGUCAUGUAUUGUGCUUACCCUGCCUCUGGGACUGGCAACAACUCACUGAUGUAUGGCUGCAACGUGAAAUCAGUUUAUGAUGACAUUAACCAGAACCCCUCCACGCACCCAUCCUCCAAGGCCCCCAACAAUAUGUUUGGCAGCACAUUCUAUGAAGGUACAAACGGAUCCACGGACAUGUGGGUUUCCACCGGUGAGCUGAGCCAGCUGGGAUAUGGAGGCCGCUCUUCCCACCAGUCCCUCUCAGGGAACUACAACAACCUGCCAUCCCACAGUCACCCGGACUAUUCUCCACACUCAGUCUCCCCCACUGACAUCAGCCGAGGUCUUCCUCCCAUGUCUACAUUCCACCGGGUCGGCAACACCACCUCUCACCCUCACGCCGCCAGCAGUCCAGACAGCUCCACAGGUAACCAUGGUGACCACGACCAUCCCACUGGCAGGACGCAGACUGGGGAUGCCCUGGGAAAAGCUCUGGCUUCUAUCUACUCCCCUGACCACACGAGUAGUAGCCUGCCGUCCAGCUCCUCUACCCCUGCCAGGUCUCCAUCCCCUCUCUCAAGCUCUGCUGCACCCCAAGGUACUAACCUCUGGCCCCGCACGUCGACUCACGCCCCUGUCUCCCCUAAUUAUGAGUCUUGUCUCAUAUCCAUGUCUCAGCUGGAGGAUCGUCUGGACAGACUGGAUGAUGUGAUCCAUGUUCUACGCAGUCAUGCUGUGGGGCCUGUCCCCAGCCUACCCAGCGACAUCCACAGCCUGAUGAACCCAACUCACCCUGGCCUCAGCUCUGCUCCAGGACCCCACGGCACCAAUCACACACCUGCCAUGACAGAAGGGGUCAAUCUGAACAACAACCCCUCCGCAUUGCACAACCGCAAUCACAAUGGCCACCCCUAUAACAGUGUGCGACGAACAUCCCAACAAACCAUACACAUGCAGGAAGAAAGUAGAGCACUGUUCAGCCAGCUGGACCUGAAGUUGGAGGGGCUCGAUGGAGACGACAUGCAUACGCGUCAGAGCCACAGCUCAGCCAGCCAGCGUUCCGACGAAGAGAGUGACACACGGGACACUAAGACACCAGGAGACAGCACGAGUAGCAUCCAUGAGGACGAGGACCUCAGUCCCGAACAGAAGGCUGAGCGGGAGAGGGAGAGGAGGAUGGCCAACAACGCCCGUGAGAGGCUGCGCGUGCGGGACAUCAACGAGGCCUUCAAGGAGCUGGGCCACAUGUGCCAGCUGCACCUGAAGAACGAGAAGCCCCAGACCAAGCUGCUGGUCCUGCACCAGGCUGUGGCUGUCAUACUCAGUCUAGAACAACAAGUCCGAGAGAGAAACUUGAACCCAAAGACGGCCUGUCUCAGGAGACGUGAAGAAGAGAAGGUGUCCGGGGAGUUGACAGACGGCCAGCCGCUACACCCAUCACUCCACCCAGGUCUGACUGACACAGCUAACCCCAUGGGCCAUCUCUGAGCCCACCCAGAUGUUGAGUUGAUGAGCAUCUUGAGAUGGUGGACCUGUUCAGCCACUCCAGAUGGAAUCCAGGGUCUUUAGGACCCAGCAGCCUGAGGAGGAGUUGGGUUGUUCUAUAUGUCUGCUCUGUGUGUUGAAGCUGAACAAUCAUGAAGUGUUGCUGUCUUCUCAACUCUCUAAAUGGACUCGUGCCUGAAAUUACUUGUAAUUGACAAAUGCAUUGUAAUCUGAAAAUGUUUUGUACUACCAGUUUCUUUCAUCAUCUUCUUUUUUUUUUAUUUUACAUUUAAAUAUCAAUGAUCUUUCUGUUUGAUAUCAUAAAGCAAAUAAUACGUUGGAGGAAGUCACUGUUAUCCUUGUUGUGGAACUAUCUUGGUUUAAGCUAGACCCAGAAUCAUACUACACAAUUUAUCUUUGUGCACUGAAUAUGUCAACCACACAAACAGAUAUUCUUAAAUGUGUGAGUGUUUGUGCACACCAGUGAAUCUUGUUGAAUGUGAGUCUCCAUGUAUGUGUGAGUUUGACCAUUCUGUGAAUGAACAGACCUCUCUUCAUUUGUUCUGUUCGUUGCAUCAUAGUUGCCAUCCAUGUUGCCAUGACCACUAGGUCUUGUCAUGUCAGUCACGUUGGUGAAUGAUAUUUUCUUAAAGGUCACAUUGAUGGAUAGAACAGAGAAAUAUGAAAUAUAACAAUAUCUCCCCGAUUCCCUCUAAGUAUUACUCUUAACAUGUGUAUUGGUUGGUUGCAUGUAUUAUCUUUCUAGAAUUUUUUUUUUUUUUCAAUAGUUCAUCUUUUUAUACAUAUAUUGAGAAGUAAUUAUUACAUUGUCGGUUUAAAUUUUACACGAGAUGAUGUUUUGUCAUAUUUUCUAAACAUUUUAACAGAUUAUAAUUAUUUUACUUUGACCAGAACUGUAGGUGAUAGCGAUAUAGAUUAACUAAUCUCCGAUUUCUAACCCAACAUUGUCUGAAGUUUAAAUUAUGCGGCUGAAAAUAAAAAA